AUGGAAGAUGUCGAUGCGACAGAGACCUGUCUACAAAAUCUCAAAGAGUUGACGGGCACAUGGCCACCAAUUCGAGUUGGAGGAACAACGCGCCAGAUAUCGUGGCGAAGUGAUACUAGGUCUCAGCCGCGCCUUGAUAAUCUGUCCAACACAGUAGCAGCGGCCAAACUUGCGAAAAGCCAGAUGGGAACUCUCUAUGCCAUUGAACUUGUCUUUACGAACAGUGAUCCCAUCGCUAACGGCGACUCCUGGACAGCUGCCGCCGAUUAUGUAUCUGAGAUCCAAUGGCAAAAUGCAGUAUGCGGAAACCUAUCAGUAACUGAUCUAAUUCCAGCAGGAGUCUCCUUCGGUACCUUUCCCAUGCGCAUUGCAGAUUUGACGGCAGUAGAGGGUACUGCCAGUAUCUACGACAAGGAUUACUGUUUCCACAAUUAUCCGCAGUUUACCAGCACCGCUAAUCUCUCUUCUCUAAUGAGCCACAGCGGAAUUGAAAGUCAAACCCAGCCAUUUGCUGCAGAAGUCUCUGCUGCGGCCCAAGAGGGCAAGCCCCACGUUCUUGGAGAGACAAACUCAGGCAGGUUCUAUUCAUGGUACCUAAGAUGCGAUUCUUCUGACCUCAUAGCAGCUACUGGCGGUGGAGGUGGGAUUAGCCCUACUUUCAGUGAGGCUCUUUGGAUUCUGGACUAUACGAAUCCAGCUUACAAAAUAUUAGGUCAAUACUGCUGGUGGGGAAGAUAUGACAUUGAGGCUCCUUACUACGGUGCCUACUUUGUUAAUAUGGCUCUAGCUGGCACAGAUAGUAUCACGGCUUUGGACGACCAGACUACUGCUUAUGCUGCCUAUGCGAUCUUCGAGUCGGAUGCGGUUGCAAGGGUUCUGCUCUACAACUGGGAAUACUAUACAAGCGGAACACGACCAAACCAGACCUUCAGUCUUACAGGACUGUCGCCUGGAAUUGUUACUGCGAAACGCCUUACAGCUCCGUAUGCUGCCUCUCGGGUGGAUUAUGGCGGAAAUCCAACAGUUGCUGGCCGGACCUUUGUCAAUGGUACUUGCACGAUUCAAGGUACCGCCGUGGAAGAGACUACCACCGUGUCUGGUGGAGAAGCUACAUUUACCAUCGGUGCAUCUGAAGCUCUGUUAGUUUAUGUGUAA